UGCGAAAUGGAGGACACCACACGUGAAAUCCUCGAGAGGGUUGAAAAACUAGGAAAAAUUGACACCCUAGAGUUAGCUGCAGAAUUAAAUGUAGAUCACCAAAAGAUAGUUGGAGCAGUGAAGAGUAUACAGUCGGCUGGAGAUAUAAUAAACUGUGAGCAGUGUACCAGCAAGAAAUGGGAGUUAACUGAAGAGGGCAAGGCAGUUGUAGAAAAUGGCAGUCAUGAAGCUCUGGUUUUCAAUGCUGUUCCAGUAGAGGGCAUUGCGCAGGCUGACUUAAUGCAAUCCGUGCCAAAUGCUAAGAUUGGCUUCAGCAAGGCAAUGUCAGGUGGUUGGAUCAUGAUUGACAAAAAAGCUGAAGGGGGACCAAGAGUCUUUAGAAAGGUUGAGAGUAUAGAAGAUCUUGUUCAACAAAGUCUGAUAAAGUUACAAAACUUACAAUUGGAUGGCAUCACAGACCAGCAAAAAACAGACUACAAGAAGAGAAAAUUGAUACAAGAAGUGAAAAUCAAUUCAUUCAUUGUAACCAAAGGUAGAAACUUCAGUCUCACAAUAUCAAAACAAGAAACAGACUUGACUCCAGAGAUGUUGUCUAGUGGUUCUUGGAAGGAGCAUACUUUCAAACCAUACAACUUUGAAGCCCUUGGUGUUCUACCAGACAGUGGACACCUGCAUCCUCUCCUGAAGAUUAGAGCAGAAUACAGACAGAUAUUCCUAGAAAUGGGUUUCUCAGAAAUGCCAACCAAUAACUUCAUUGAAAGCAGUUUCUGGAAUUUUGAUGCCCUGUUCCAGCCACAGCAGCAUCCAGCAAGAGACGCACAUGAUACCUUCUUCAUAUCAGAUCCAAUGUAUGCGGAUGAGACCAAACUUCCAGCAGAUUAUGUAGCCAAAGUAAAGAAGGUUCAUUCAGAAGGAGGAUAUGGCUCACAAGGCUACCGUUAUGACUGGAAAUUAGAAGAAGGAAAGAAAAAUAUUCUAAGAACUCACACAACUGCGGUUAGUGCAAGAAUGCUGUACAAGCUGGCUCAGCAAGAGAAGUUUACCCCUGUGAAGUAUUUCUCCAUAGACCGUGUGUUCAGGAAUGAGACCCUUGAUGCCACCCAUCUGGCAGAGUUCCACCAGAUAGAGGGUCUGGUGGCAGACUAUGGCCUCACGCUUGGGGACUUGAUGGGAGUUAUCAAAGAAUUCUUUAAAAAACUAGGUAUCCAGAAAUUGCGUUUCAAGCCAGCAUACAACCCCUACACGGAACCUAGCAUGGAGAUAUUUGGCUAUCAUCCAGGUCUGAAGAAAUGGGUGGAGAUUGGAAACUCGGGCGUUUUCCGACCAGAAAUGUUGCUCCCCAUGGGGUUGCCAGACAAUGUUCAAGUGAUUGCUUGGGGACUUUCCUUAGAAAGGCCCACCAUGAUCAAGUAUGGCAUAGACAACAUCCGUGAUCUGAUUGGACCAAAAGUUAACCUACAAAUGGUGUAUAAUAAUCCUAUAUGUCGACUAGACAGACACUGAAUUCCUUGUGAUUCUCUUUAUGGUCCAAAGGCAAGCUUUGUGAAGCACCACUGGGACAAGCAUAUUUAUUACAAAUCCAAUCACCUGGACUUUAUAUAUCAGUCCCUUUUACCUGGAAAAAGAAAUAUCAGACCAUGGAAAAUUAUGAAAUAUGAUUUCAUUCAACAGAUUACAGCAAGAACAUCCUUUGUGAUUUGCCAUCAGCUGCAAUAGCCUUUAAUUAUCUGAUUAAAUCAAUCUGAUCAAAGGAAUCAAAGAAAUUGAAAGAAAUGCCAAUAUAUUUAUCUCAGUAAUAAAUUGAUAACCAACAGAAGAUGCAGUAUGAUUUUUGUUAACAGAUUCCAGGAUACUUAACUAAAGGGGGGGGGGGGUUCAAGUUAAUAGCCUUGCCAUUUUUAUGCAGUAAUAAUAAUGAAGUUAAUAAAUGAUAAAUCAAAAAUUUACUUUAAUGCGAUUCCCUCAAACUCAAACAUCUUCCCGUUGUGGGGCACAUUUCUUUUCUUUUAAGGAGUGUUCAUAUAGAUUAUUUGUAGCAGCACAAAACGGAUAUCUUAUAGCACAUCACUGCAUUGUGCUUUGUGAACUAGCUGGUAUGAACAUCUUCUAUGAAAAUAUUUUAUCUUUUUGCAGUGCAGACAUAAUUGUGUUCUUUCCAUCACUUGGAUUAGAAUCUGUAGACCAAUUUAAUCCCUAGCUUUUCUUUAAAAUAAUGACAUAUUUCAAAGAAUUUCACAAAUGAUUUUAUUUUUAUCCUCCCUUAUUUCUGAAAAGUAACAGUAGAAUUUAAAAAACCCUAAAUCUGGAUUAUCUUGUAGUCUAUCUUUUGACAACAUAAAUACACAAAUGCAUUUAAAUGCCAUUAAAAUCUUUCAUGCACAUGCACGGACUUGACAAUAUAUUGUGGAAAUGUAUAAUAAACAUGUUUUAGUUAUUUUCUAACUUAAAGAUCUAGAUGAAAAAUUUUGCGACAGGAAGAAUGCAAUAUUUUCAGGUAACAAGUGUUUCAAAGUUUCAAAAGAGUUCUAUGGUCCAUGCCUGCAUGGGUCACAUCAAAUUAUUCUCAUUAUUAUCACUUUGUUUAAUUCCAUCUAAUAUUCCCAUCUCAGAUCCUCUGCUUCUCAUACUUAUAUCAGGGGCACUUGUAAAUAAACUUGUAUUCAUUUAAUUCAAGCAGUACAAAGGGAAACCUAUUUCCACA